ACCCUACGCUCCUCUUUUGUUUUUAUUCAACCCAAAACCCUAGCUGCCUCAAACAUACUGGCCUUACACCUCUUACUGCCCCGUCUAGCCGGUGACGGAUAACAGCGGUGUUCACAACUCUUGCAUAUCUCUUCUCUCUAAAUCUCGUUUUUAAUCUCCUUGUUUCAGUAUCAAUGAAAACCUCAUAUCAACAACACUAAAAAGAGUAAUUUUUUUUUUUUCACUCCAUUGAAAAGAGCUUUGCUAGCGGGUUUAUAUUCUUCUCCUUGGUAGGUAGUUUGAAACAGGCAUUGGAUGGCUUAUAUUCAACACAGCAGAAAUGUCCUCAGGCAGAUUAUGAAAGAGGGCGCUGAUCGUGCAUUCCAUCAUCCCAUAUUGUUUGCCUGUCAAGGAGUUAGAUAUAGACGAUUGGACGUUAUUCUCACAACGAAAAUAGAAAAGCUUGGAAAUGCGGGUGAGGUGGUGAAGGUUGCACCUGGAUAUUUUCGCAACCACUUGAUGCCCAAAUUGCUUGCAGUCCCAAAUAUUGAGAAGUAUGCUUAUCUCAUCAGAGAGCAGCGCAGGAUUUAUCAACCCAAGGAAGAGGAAGAGGUUAAAGUAGACAAAAAGACCGAGGACGAUAAGACAAAGGAAUAUGAAAAGGCAGCAAAACGACUAUUGAAUACUCGACUGGUGUUGAGGAGGUUCCCCAAUAUUGAAAAAUUACGUUCUCGUGCAUCAAAAGAUGACCCGAUAGAAGUGCGAUCUCCUGUUACAAAAGAGGAGAUUGUGGCUGAGGUGGCAAGACAACUUUCAGUAGUUAUUGAACCUGAAAAUCUUCAUCUACCUUCGCCUUUAUCAACUUAUGGAGAGUAUGAGCUGCCUUUGCGGUUGCCAAAGUCCAUCCCCUUACCAGAAGGAAAAGUUCAAUGGACACUCAAAGUUAAAAUCCGGGGCAAAUAAACAAUGAUGGGAAUUUCCCAAUUAUAUCAGAGGAUUUUUUUUUGUUUAUUCUAUUGAGAAUAAUCUGACUGAUGAGCUAGAUACUUUGAAUUUCGCUGACAGUAUGGAUACCCUAGGAAGCUGUCUGGAGUGCUGUAAUGUCCAUGAUUCCUUUUUGUAAUGCCAAGUUCUUUUCUUUUAUUGGUUACAUUCCUGCAAUUGUCACUGGACAUAAACUGAUUCCAAUGCCUUACAGAUUUUCCUGAA